AAAAUAAUACUCUCUCUGUUAUCCCUAACCCCCCCACCCCCCGAAACUCUUCUCCGCCGACUUUUGUUUUCUUCACCGGAAAAUCUUCGAGUUCUUCGCCGGUGUUAUUUGCUUCGAUUACAACUCCGUUUUCUUCUUCUUCAAUCAAAUCUGUGUGUGAUUGCUGUUUGCGCCGUCGCCGAAUCUUCAAAAGAGUUUUCGGUUUUUUUUCAUGAUCUGUGAAGAGUCUGAUCUGAUCUAAGCCGUCGAUCUGAGAUAUGGAUAGGAUCGUCGGAGGUAAAUUCAAGCUCGGACGAAAAAUCGGUAGUGGAUCUUUUGGUGAAAUUUUUCUCGCUACGCAUAUUGAUUCAUUUGAGAUCGUCGCUGUCAAAAUUGAGAACAAUAAGACCAAACAUCCUCAACUUCUCUACGAGGCCAAGUUAUACAAUAUUCUCCAGGGAGGAAGUGGUGUACCACAUAUAAAAUGGUCUGGUGUGGAUGGUGAUGACAAUGUUCUGGUCAUGGAUUUGUUGGGUCCUAGCUUGGAAGAUCUCUUUGUCUAUUGUGACCGGAAGCUUUCAUUGAAGACUGUUUUAAUGUUGGCUGACCAGAUGAUUACCAGAAUCGAAUAUGUACAUUCUAAGGGCUUUCUACACAGGGAUAUUAAGCCUGACAACUUUCUGAUGGGUCUUGGUCGGAAAGCAAAUCAGGUUUAUAUUAUUGAUUUUGGUCUUGCUAAAAGAUACCGUGAUGCGACUACAAAUCGCCAUAUUCCUUACAGAGAGAACAAAAAUUUAACUGGAACAGCACGCUAUGCCAGUUGUAAUACUCAUCUCGGAAUUGAGCAAAGCCGGCGGGAUGAUUUAGAAUCUCUUGGAUAUGUUCUCCUUUAUUUCUUGAGAGGCAGCCUCCCAUGGCAGGGUCUAAAAGCUGCCACAAAGAAGCAAAAGUAUGACAAAAUAUGUCAAAAGAAGUUAUCAACUCCUAUUGAGGUUUUAUGCAAGUCUCAUCCUGUUGAGUUUGCUUCGUACUUCCAUUACUGUCAUUCAUUGACAUUUGAUCAGCGACCUGAUUAUGGAUUCUUAAAGCGCCUCUUUCGUGAACUUUUUACCCGUCAAGGAUAUGAAUUUGAUUACAUAUUUGAUUGGACCAUCCUAAAGUACCAACAGGCACAAACAAGUAAAUCACAGCAUCGGCAAGUUGGUGGUGAAAGUAGCCGAGCAAUUCCAAUGGAUGUUGAAAAGCGUCAAGUUUCUACAGGCAACAAUGGACCUUAUGUUGCUGAGGUGACUGAUCGCAUAAGGCCGAAUAAUCCUUCCAGUCCUGGAAUUCGGAUGCAAUUUAAGUCACCAACAAACAGGAAUUUAACUUCCGCCAAUCUUGAGAGAAAUGUAUUAAGUAGUGCUCAUAUGCCAUCUUCUUCAUUGGCUCCUGUUUUACCAAGAGCAAAUGCCACAAAACCUGUUUUACCCACUGAAACAACACAUGAUGGUGAUAAUGGAGGCAGCAGCUGGAUGUCCUCCUUGCGACGUAUUUCUUCUGCAAAGUGAUAAAAAGGAUAAGAUGAAGAUGAAGUUGGGGCUAAUGUGCCUUCAAAUUGGACAGCUCAUACUUAUUUUUUUAUUACAAGCUGGUUCGGAUGACUAUGGUGGCUGAUCAUGGCCUGCUGCAAUUUCAUGAGUUCAAGAGGGUGGUGUGAAUUGAGCUGGACAUGAAAGCAGAUGGCAGCUGUUUGUCUAUCUAUGGGAGCUCGGGUUAGAUAUUUUUCCUAAGAUGACUAUAAACAAAUUGGUCCAUCCUUGCAUUAAGAUCAGGAUGGUUCCUGUCCGCUGAAAAAAUGAAGCACUAGAGACAUCUUUAUCUCCUAAUGUAAAAUAGAUCAUAUGCGAUUGUCAAAAAUUGUGCAGUUCCUUUUGUGCAUACAGUGGUGGUUAUUUUCUUCACUUGCUUCUUUACUUGCAAAGUUGCAUGUGUUGUAAUCUUUAUUGCUUAAUUUUGUGGUGAGCCAAUGGUUUGUUGCAAACAUGUUGAUAAUGGAAUUGGAUCUAGUACAGCAAUGAAAUUU